AGGCACUGAUUGAGGCGGCCGGCGCGGCGCGGCUCGGCACAGCGCGGGGCCUUGCGGGCGGCGGGGCCCGGCCGGGCAGCAUGUCGGGGCCGAGCGCCGUGUCGGAUCCCCAGCACCCGGCGCGGCUGCUGCGGGCGCUCAGCUCGUUCCGAGAGGAGAGCCGCUUCUGCGACGCGCACCUGGUGCUGGAGGGCGAGGAGAUCCCGGUGCAGAAGAACAUCCUGGCGGCCGCCAGCCCCUACAUCAGAACGAAGUUGAAUUAUAAUCCUCCAAAGGACGAUGGCUCGACGUACAAGAUUGAACUUGAAGGGAUAUCUGUUGAUACCAUGAAAGAGAUACUAGAUUACAUCUUCAGUGGGCAGAUCAGGCUAAAUGAAGAAACUAUCCAAGAUGUGGUACAGGCAGCUGAUCUCCUGCUGCUUACAGACUUAAAAACUCUCUGCUGUGAGUUUUUAGAAGGUUGCAUAGCUGCUGAGAACUGUAUUGGUAUUCGGGACUUUGCACUGCACUAUUGUUUGCAUCAUGUUCACUACCUUGCCUCAGAGUAUCUGGAAACUCAUUUUCGAGAUGUCAGCAGCACAGAGGAAUUCUUGGAACUGACUCCUCAAAAACUGAAAGAAGUGCUGUCGAUGGAAAAGCUCAAUGUUGGAAAUGAAAGAUACGUCUUUGAAGCAGUGAUUAGGUGGAUUUCUCAUGAUUCAGAAUCGAGAAAGGUUCACAUGAAGGAUGUGAUGUCAGCAGUGUGGGUUUCGGGCUUAGAUGCGGCGUAUUUACGUGAGCAGAUGAUGAGCGAGCCGCUGGUACGGGAGAUUGUUAAAGAAUGCAGCAAUAUCCCCCUCACACCACCUCAGCAGGGAGAGGCCAUGCUGGCCUCCUUCAAGCCCCGUGGCUACUCGGAGUGCAUCGUGACAGUCGGUGGAGAAGAAAGAGUAUCCCGGAAACCAACCUCAGUGAUGCGCUGUAUGUGUCCUCUUUAUGAUCCCAAUAGACAGCUCUGGAUUGAACUUGCUCCUAUGAGUAUUCCAAGGAUCAAUCAUGGAGUAUUGUCAGCAGAAGGAUUUCUGUUUGUGCUCGGUGGUCAGGAUGAAAACAAGGGAACGCUGAGCUCUGGAGAGAAAUACGAUCCAGACACCAAUUCCUGGAGUUCCUUGCCACCAAUGAAUGAGGCACGACAUAAUUUUGGUGUGGUGGAGAUUGAUGGAAUUCUGUAUAUUCUGGGAGGCGAGGAUGGUGAAAGGGAGCUAAUCUCUAUGGAGAGUUACGAUAUUUAUAACCGUACCUGGACCAAGCAGCCAGACUUGACCAUGGUUAGGAAGAUUGGCUGCUAUGCAGCUAUGAAGAAGAAAAUCUAUGCAAUGGGUGGAGGCUCCUAUGGAAAGCUCUUUGAGUCCGUGGAGUGUUAUGACCCAAGGACUCAACAGUGGACGGCCAUCUGUCCUCUGAAAGAGAGGAGGUUUGGGGCAGUGGCCUGUGGAGUUGCCUCUGAGCUUUACGUGUUUGGUGGGGUCAGGAGCCGUGACGACAGCCAAGCCAGCGAGAUGGUGACGUGUAAAUCUGAAUUUUAUCAUGAUGAAUUUAAAAGGUGGAUUUAUCUAAAUGACCAGAACCUAUGUAUCCCAACUAGUUCCUCUUUCGUGUAUGGAGCUGUGCCUAUUGGAGCCAGCAUUUAUGUGAUUGGAGAUCUUGAUACAGGUACGAAUUACGACUACGUGCGGGAGUUCAAAAGAAGCACGGGGACGUGGCAGCGCACGAAGCCGCUGUUCCCGUCGGACCUUCGCCGCACGGGCUGCGCGGCCUUGCGGAUCGCCAACUGCAAGCUCUUUCGACUGCAGCUCCAGCAGGGGCUGUUCCGCAUCCGCGUUCCUUCCCCGUGACCCGUGUGCUGACAGUGGAGGAGACUGGAAGAGUUCUGCGCAGUCCACCAUAUGUAGCUCUAUAUAAAGGAAAAGCUGAGAAAUUACAGCUGAAACUUACACUGUAUGCUGUGCUUUGGUAUGGUAACUGUUUUUGUUUUAAAUGCUUCAAAAGCUUGAGUCUCAGUUCUUGUUUCGGGAACAAAUAACUUACGUAAACAUUAAAAAGAAGAGAGGGGGAAAACGAGGGGGGAUCGAGGAAACACCUUCAGUCGUAACCAUUCGGACUUGCCAGUGUGUUAUUGAAGGAGAUCUGCUGUGUCUGGAACUGGUGGGAACUGGUAUUCCUGUGGUGAAAAGCGAGAAAGAUUUAAGGUGCGUUUCCCUUGGGGGGGAACCGAUAAGAAUAAACGCGCUAUCUCGGACCGGAUAGCUCUAAUAUGCAGAAGCUAUAUGAAAACCAACCUCCCUGGUACGCUGCAAGGACUGCUGUUUGACUGUGAUGCCGCAGGAGACGUUGGUUGUUGCACCUUUCACUUCUAGUCCUUCCUCAAAAGCUAAGGUCUGUGCCUCAAAACGGUGGUGGUGUGUACAUACGUUUUUCAUUCAUUUGCAAUGUUUUCAUUCCGAAAAAUAUUUUUAAUAUAUUUAAAAUGGACUAAUCUAAAAUGGAUACAGUAUACUACAGGGAAGUAAACUGUGUUUUUUUUUACGCUGACAUUCAAAUAGCCUGACGAACUGGCAUACAGGUGGGCGGCAUGUGUUUCUGCGUGGGUUUUGGAGGCAGUUUCCUUGAAACACAAGGAAAUGGCUUUUGGAACGCUUCGUGACAAUUGCUGCUCUUGGUAAAAGGCAUCAAAACUUGAGAAAUCAGAGAAAAAAAGGUUGUGUUCCUUCUUACUUCAGGGCACUAGAGAACUAGGACAAUGUCUUUUUUUUCCUUUUAAGACUGAGGAUUAUAGAAACAUUUUAUCUCUGGAGCAAAGGUGAAAUAUGACAAGGAUACAUUUGUUUCACAGAAAUCAGAUUUUCGGAUUAUCGCUUACAGGAAAUUUGUACAGCUAUUUUUAAUUGGGAUCAAAAGUUGGUUUGCUAAUAAUUUCCAUGCUAGGGCACAGAUUCUUGUUUACUGCUGCUUGACUUUGAAAGCCGGGCUUUAUGGUGUGGUUAUGGUGAGGAAUUUAGUAUCUUGCAUUUUCAUUCCUAAUGAGUCAUGUUCACGCCAGUAGUGAUGUUCAACUGACUUCUGUUCUUGGGAAAGAUCAGCUGGUAGAACACCUUACCUUGCUUCUUGAUUUCACUGCUGUUUGUGAUGGGUGGGACGUAACCUAUAGUUAUUUAAAAGUUGUUUAAAAGGUAUAAAGUGAGAGAGGUGGAAAUGGAAACGAGGCCUCCUGCCCUUCAGAAUAAGAGACUUUGUAUAACCAGUAUUAUAACUAAGUACGAUACUUUCCACGCUGCAACUUCAUGGACCUCAGACAAGCCAAUCUCUGCCCUCAGUUGUGUUAGCAUCGACCUUUGUCAUUUUUAUUGAAUCUUCUUAGAUCUGCAGAAAUACAAUCCCAAACUCGUACAAGAGUUGCACUCAACUUUACAUUCCUUGAAGAGACAUUCUGAAACUUGCUUUUGCUCAGUCCUUCCACAGUGCUGGUGUGUAAUGGGAAUUACUCCGAUUCUGAGAAAAGGGAUGGGGAAAAAAAGGCAACGAAAGAGGGCAGCAGUCAAUCCGUUGGCCGGUAUUUAUUUAUUUUUAUUUUUUACAAUGCUGAAGUGCUGCAAAACUUGAACUAUAGACAUCAAUUUUCUGACCUCUGUUAGUUGGCAUAUUGAAAAGUUUAUAUAUUUAUGCAUCGUGGUAAACUUGAUAUGUGUGUGUAUAUAUGUCUUCAGAUUUAAAAUUUAUAUAUAAUGCUCUACUACAGAAAUGUGAACCACUAUUUCCAUCUUCAGCCAUCUUGUGAAAUGAAUCAAGUGCUGUUGGCUUAUCUAUAAAACUUCCCCUUUUCAAAAAUUUCAUUUUAAUUUAAUUUCUUAGACAAAGUGCUUAGAUCCUGUAUUCAAAAGCGAUGAGAUUGAAUGUUUCUAUCUCACUUCUGAACCUAGUUUUCUAAGUGCUUAGAAAACUCUCAAAAACUGUAUUUAGAUUAUUGCAGGCUGCUAUCUCCUGAGUCCCUGUAGCUCCCCAGUACACUUGAGGGCAUUUAGUGUCCAGAAGGCCUCAGUAAUAAAUGCACAUAGUAAAUCUAAAUCAUACAUACAUUAGCAGUGUUUUGCAGUUAAAGUUAUUGAAUGUUUACAGUUAAAGUAGGAUUAACAGUAGGUAUUCUUACUUAUUUUUUUUAAGGGUAGAUAAAGCAAGCAGUUCUGCUCUAACCGAAGUGUAUUGCAAAUGUGCUCAGUUAGAUUUGACCAAGAAGCUUAAGUCUCUUCACCUGAAACAGUUAAAACUUAAUUUCCUAGCACGUGGCUGGAGGUCAGGGACCAAGCCUCUGCCGACACCUGCACCUUGAGUUUCAGGUAUGUACUCAAGGCAAAAAUGUAGGCACCCCUGAGAUCUCAAAAUCGUCUUCGUUGACCUUUCCUGAAGAUGUUUGCAUUGUGGUUCUGUGUUAGUGAGCUGCUCCCGGAGAGCUGCUGUGCGGCUGGGCGCGGGGUUCGGUGCAGAGGAAGGUGGGAGGCGUGUGCUGGAGUCUGUCUGCGUGCUCAGGGAACAGUGCCUCUCUGGGAUGUGAAAUUCCAUCCCAGGCUGGAGCUGCGCCUGGAAGCCAAGGCUCUCCUUUCCCAAGGAGUGUCCUGCUGUACUGUUGAUGGUGUGCGAAGUGAAGGAGAUGGUUGGCUUGAUGGGAGCAUUUGAUUCCAGAGGUACUGUGUUUAAGGCGCUGACCAGCUUCCCGAGCCGUAGGGUGUUGAACUGGGUUCACUGGAAGGUGCUGCCACCCAGCUCCCCCUGCUGCCCUGGCACCUGCCUGCCCUGCAUGGGAUGGCCGAACCGUGCCUGAAGCAGCUCCUGCAUUUUCUCAGCUUGCAAUCCAGGAGUUUUCAAAUGAUUUGGCAGUUUAGUAACUAUUUAAGUUGUCCUUGCUUGGCAUGGUGGUCUUGAUAGCCAGUCCAACUCAAUUCCUUCCAGCUUGAAUCAGCAUUCUUAAAUCCAGCCGGUUCCACCCCUGGUAACUUGUUGAGCCACCCUCUCAGCGAGCUGCCUGUGCACCGUGCUGCUUUCUGGGGAUCAGGGAGGCAGGCAGCUGUUGUGCUGGGGUUCUUGGGGCUGGGAUCUGUGUCCCAGAAGUGCCACUGACACAGCGCUCGCCACUCCUCGGAGAGGGGCAGGUUUGGGGUGGCUGUAUCCUGGGCUGGGCCCAGCACAGUCCCGCACAAUGGCUGGGCCGCGUGGCGGGUGUGGCCUUUCCCCCUCGCUGUGAUAGAAUUGGACAAACUCUGGUAAUUGGAACCAGAAAGCCACCACUUAUGGGGUGGAGACUGUAGAAGAUGGGAGACGUGGUGGUGGUUUUUUUUUUUCCCCCUCACUCCAACUCCUACCACAGUUCCCACCCCCCCCCCCCCCCCCCCCCCCCCCCCCCCCCCCCCCACACACACACACACAGACUUUUAUUCUUUUUCCCAUGUAUGAGAGAUUGUUAUUGGAAAACAGAACUACUGGCCCAGUCCCUGUUCCCCAGGGAGUCAGCCCUGGGAUUCCAACUCUCCUCUUUCUAACCUGAAAAAGGGACAUCCUGUGAAGGGCCUCGUGUUCAGUUGUACCACAGCAAGGUCUGAUGAUCUUUAGAUAAUUUAUCAGCUACUCCUCAAGUUUUCGUUUCUGUGGGAAUGCUGUAUUAACUCAGCCAUUUGAGUCAAGUGACUUCCAGUAGCUUUGACAGUGCCUCAUCUUUAAGCUGAAAUUUAUGUGAGAUCACAUGAUAGACAAACUUACAAAGCCAGCUCAUGGUGAGUGCAGGCAGGCUUGCAUCUCUUUUGCGUUUGAUAGCACAAGACUUGCGUGUCACACCAUCUGCCUUCUGAGUCAGACUUCUUGCUGAAGGUACGAGUGUUUCCAUCCAAGCUCCCGAAGUGCCUGGCUUUCUUACCAACUCUCCUUCCAGAGAACAUCGGGCAGCUUAAUUAUUUUUUUUUUUGUGCAGUAUUUUUUGUGCCUGCAUGACUUGAUAAAUGCAGAAGAACAAAAAGCGAGGGGUUGAGGGAAUGUUUUUCCCUGCUUUGGCUGCAGCCUGUCUGGUGAGCUCAGUAACUGCAGUGUCUGUACAGCCUGCCUGGGUUUUGGUGAUGCGCGUUUGCCAUGCCAAGUGCAGGAUGCAAUAACAAACAGUAGUUGUUACAAGUGCCAAACUUCUGUUUCCUCUGUAUAUAGCAGUAAUUCAACUCUUCUGUUGUAUGCGGAGGUGCUGAAAACUCACUGUGCUCCAAAAAAGAGUAGCGAUUCUUUUUUUUUUUUUAAAUGAAUGUUACUUAAAUCACUGUAAAUCUUUAAUUUUUUUUAAUACUGUUCUGCAGUUUGUGUUACUCCUCACAGCUGCCUUCAGCCAUCACUCCGUGUGGUGCAUGCGGACACUCUGCUCUCUAUUAGAGCACUGGUGCCAUGCAAGUGUAUAAUAAAUGGCAGCUGACAAUAGGUUUUAAUAUUUAAAAUUAUAAAUACUUGGAUAAAGUACAAUUCAUUUGAAUUAAUCUUAUCUGCAGAAGGAAGGUUAUCUCUGGGGCGAUGUGGCUAUGGCCAAGGACAUGGGUGUGCUUAAGAUUUUAACUAAGGAGUGUUUCUGUGCCGCUCAGUGAUGCUUUCGAAGGACUUUUAUUUGAUGUAGGGUAUGGAUCCUUUCUGUAAUAAGCAUCAAGGUUUUAGGGUGUGUGUUUUCUUUACUCCUUGGAGAAAUUAAACGGCUUUUUCAGGGGAUGAUGUUAAUUAUGUACAUACUUGAUUUUCAGGCAGAAGCUACUUGUUCUGUGUUAACUUGGAGUACUUUCCUGUUGAGGACCGAGUUCAGGCCUGCGCUGCAGUCACGAGUGCUGCAGCCUUUUGACAUUUGCCAUCUGCUGUUGCUCUUGUUUGUUAUAUAGCCUAGAGCUGGGCCGAUGGGUCUGCUUUUCUGUGGCACGCUGUGUUGGAAAGAAAAGGAAGGAGAGUUGUCUGAAGGUGGAGAAGCUGGUCCAGCAAAGCUGACUGGGAGAUAUCAGUGUGAAGCCAGUAGGGUGUGGGUGAAGCACUGCUGUGAAGGUGACAUCCACAUGCUCUGAAGUUUAUUGAUAGGUCAUCUUAAGGUUUGGCUUGGUUCUGUUUUUUAUCAGUUUAUUACAGCGGGAGGGAUUGCAACCAGGCUUUAAAGCAGCAACUCCAGUCAGCGUUGUCCUGUGGGACCCUGUAGCCUGGCUGUUGCUGUGCUCCAGUAACCAAUUUUCUCAAUUCCUCAUUAACAGGUAACCUGAAACAAUACAUUAAAACCAUUCUAAGUGCCUAAUGAAUUAGAUGAACAUCUGCUAGAAGGUAUUAAUGGUAGCGGGGGCAUGAAACAAUAACCUGCUACCAACAGCUGAUUAUGCUGUAAAUUUGUUGGUGAUACAAAGUCUUGAAAGAUUUUUUUUUUUAAAUAGCUUAUUAUUAUUAUGUGUCAGACUUGUUUAGGAGUAGCAUUUGAAGGUUACUUGAAGUAAUGUAUUGAAAAAUGAGCUGAGAGACUGGAACUUCUCAGUGUAAAUGGUUAAACCUCGUUGCCCGGUAUUUGUGUGUGGCUGAUGCACACCUGCCCCAGCACAUCAGUAAAUGAACAUGCUCAAUGCCAUUGCCUACCUGUGCCCUUGAAUUUUUGUAAUGAGAUGAGUCUGUACCGCACGCUUGUAGAAGCUGAUGGAUUUGAUUACAAUGAUAGGAUAGAGAGAAGCAUCCCCGCUGUAAGUGACAUCUAUUAUGUUAUUGAUGAAACAAAAAUAUGUAAUUUUUUAAUGCUGGGUGCUUCUGAAUCACCACGUAUUGCCCUUCAUUUUUCUUUGCUUUUCUUUCUUCUCGUCUUUUCAACUGAUGCCAAGAUGUCCUCUGGUUUUGUCAAGGGCAAGUUUCUUCCAUCUGUGCUUCUAGCCCCGGUCAGGACCUGAGGGAUCUGGUGAAGGCGGGCUGUUCCGUGGGCUGCCUUCAUAGGCGUCAUUUCUGCCUCUCUGAAUUCUGCCAGUGCGCUGCCACCUGCAUGAAUUUCAGAAUAGGAAACAAAACCACUGUGGAACAAUGUUACGCUCAAUUAGAAAGCAAGAGCCACUUUGGAAAGCUUAAAUUUUUGCACGGGAUAGGCAGCGCUCUGAAAAGACUUAUCACUGUGACUCUUCUGGAAUUUCUCACCAUAAUGCUCUCGCGUGCUACAGCUUUAGCCAGGCAGCAUCUGUUCUAUCAAUUUAUGUAUGAAAGUGGGAAAGCGUUAUCAUCUGUCACGUGUUUCAGCAUUUCUUAAAAAGCAGAGUCUGUUUUGAUCUCGGGAUAAGUGGAACAGUACACCAGAGGGUAUGGCAGGGUGGCCGUGUUGAACAGCCAGUCCCUGAGGCGUUGUGAAAGUUCUGUUUGAUGGGAAGCCAAGGGGUAGCCUCGCCAUGGUGCUUUCUCAUAAGCUCUUUGAGAACUGGUCUUAAACUACUCCAAAGGACUCUUCAGGAUUGCCUGCAGUGGCUGAGAUCUGUUCUGGCUUUUGUUUGCGUGGGGAAACACCUGCUAAGCUAAUUGUGGGUGUUUCUUCUCCCUGACUUCCCAAACCUAAUGUUUUGCUUCUCACAAUUGAAGCUUUCUGUAUUUAAGGGUUGGAGGUGACAUUUCGCAGUUUCUGAUAUGAUGUCAAUAUCUUAGUUUAACCGAUUGAAACAGCACGCUGUGUUCUUGUGGACUUCUAGGAGGUAGCAUUAAUACUGCACGCUAAGCGGUGAGGAAAAUGAACAAUAAAAUAGCAAAGUUCUUCUUACAGUGUGCACAGCGUUAGCUGUGUGCCUCUGAUGGGCUGAGAGGCUCUUUGUGGCACAGAGCUGGUGUCACGCUGCCAUUGCUGCCUCUGGUGUUGGGAAGCAGGGCUGGAUGUGGCCCAGCUGCAGGCAGGUCCGGUGCCUGAGAGCCGUGGAGCCCACGGCUGUCUGAGGGUCAGCCCAGCCAAAGCCUUGACCCAAGGCACGUGGGUUCCUGUGCGGUGCAGUACUGCUUCCUGGCCUCGGUUGUUUUGUCUUUUGGUCUUACUAGCACGGCUUUGAUUUCACCUUUGUCCCACAUUUAUGUCCGAAUCCAGUGAAUCACUCAGAAAUUCUUCUGUGGAUCAGAGUAAGUCCUCGCAAACUCCAUGUUCCUCUGUGCUGCUUUUUGCACGUCUUGGUGUCCUUUGUCUGCACUCAGUGUAUGUGGGGAGAGUGCUUAAUAGAUGAUAAAACGACAUUUCAUCAAGCUUGUGCUGUCUGCAGGUUAAAUACCACCUGAGCUGCUGCGAGCAAUCCUCGACGUGGUGGAGCAUGUGUGUCACACCCCACGUGUGUCUGUUAUGUCGGGCUGACAUCUGCCUUUGGUCCGUGGGGGAAGCCCUUAUUCCCAGCUACCUCAUUUUAUUUUUCUGCACUUUGUCAAAUCCUUUUUUUUUUUUUUAAUUGCAUUUUGUCCUUCAAUGAAAACCUGGAACCAAACACGAGGCAGGGCAGAAUGAUGCCGUUGUCCAAGGACAGUUUACUUUAAUUUCAUUUUAAAUGCAUGUUUCUGUACGAAAAGACCAAGGUUGACCUGCAGCUGCUGUAAAAGUAAAUAAAAAUUACUUGAAAGUAACUAUUAUACUUGUAAAUGAGAGAAGCAAUUGAAAGACUGACCUGGUGAUUUUUAAAUAGAGAAAAUGCUAAAAUAGAGAUGUCAGCUUUUUUAAAGACAGAUCAGGUUUUUGCUCUGCCUCAGUUCUGCUCUGAUUUGCCUGUGAGCUUGAGCCAUUUUCUUAACAGAGAUUCAUGGAUUUUUCUGUAAGGUCAGAUGUAGGUUUACAUGGAGUUUCCCAUUUACUGAUCUGCUGAGAAAAACACCAACCUGAGAUUGUAUUUUUUCCAUUUCUUUGGGACCUCCAAGUGUGCACGUUUUUGCUCAGCUUGAAGAAUUGUAGGAAAAAAGCUUUUUCUUCCCCUUCUGCCUCUGAAGGUGCUGUUUGAAACUUUUGAAUUCCCUACACUGUGCUUGACUUCUUAAAGCAACAAUGUAAGCUGAUUUCAGCUUCUGUUUGUGCUAUUAUUUUUUCUGUGUGUUCAGUAGUUUAAAAAAAAAAUAAUAAUCUGUUUUCAUAAAGAAAACUUCCUAAGUGUAAAAGGUCUUAUUAAUACAAGAUGUAAUGGGAAAAUGCUGCCUUUCUUCCCUUUCUGUCAAGGCAAAAGGAAGAAAUGCUUCACAGGAACUUCUUGUGUAAAAAUGUUAGGUAGCAGCUCAUCUGAGCGUUGAGUUGAAUGUAGCAGGUAUUGUACUGGGCACACACCAAUAGUAGGCUGAAAGAAGGGGCCGUUCACGCCCUGCUGACUGUACCAAUUAGAAGGCUCUGGAAUUAGCAGCUGUUGGCAUUGUGGUGACUCUUCAGUAAAACACAGAAUCAUAGAAUCACCAAGGUUGGAAAAGACCUCCAAGAUCUGCCAGUCCAACCAUCCACCUACCGCCAGUAUUUCCCAGCUAACCCACAUCCCUUAGUAGCACGUCUGAACCUUUCGUGGACACAAAUACGAAUCUUCUGGGGCUGGAUCCCAGGACGUGGCUGCGCGCUGCCCUCUGUUUGGGAUGCACUGAUUCACGUGGCCAUGGGAGUUGGGCCGGGCCUGAGGUGGAUUUCGGUCUGAACCCUGCAGAGUGGGUGGGGAGCCCACACUGCCCCCACAUAAGGGGGAGCUAGAAAGGUUUUUGGGCUGAGUGUUAGCAGAGAUCCAGUGAGUUGUCUUAGCGUACUGAAAUCUGAAAGCUUGGAGGCUCUGGAACCAUUUCUGCAGAGUGGAUAAGUACAGAUCUCAAUACCCCGGGAACACCUGGCUCCCUGGUUUUCUCCUUUUUUUUAAUUAAGUAAACAGAAAUGUGUAAUUGCUUCCCACUUUGUGUACUUCGUGUUUAAUGGCCUGAAGCGAGAACCUGACAGUUCAGGAUUUUUCUUUUGAAGGCAAAAUUAAAACAAAGUAACAUUAUUCAGAUUAGUGCUCUGCCUUCAGAGUUUUGCCUCUGUACGUCGCUUUAUUGAGUACUAGGAAUCUUGCAGGAUUGGGCUAAUAAAUUAAAAUACAUAGGUGAAUGCUGACUAAUGUAUUCAGUAUAAUUUUGUACUGUAAAAAUAUUUUAGCAUAGGAGAAUGAAAUAAUUGCCUUGAUUAGUGACUGUAUUCAUGAUGAUACUUGUAUUCCAUGAGCCAAGCAAUAGGAGGAUGUUGGGCUGUAAUGCCAUUCCAAGCACAUUGCUGCCGUUCGUGAAGGCUCAGCCUCUGUCAGAUCAAAGAUACUGGCGGCUGUCAGGAUAUUGUCAGAAUUUGUUGUUGCCUUUUCUACAGAAAUGUUGGUGUGUUAUGGUAGAAACGCUCACCUGGUGUUUGCCGUUGCUGGCGUGCAGCGGGACAGCUCGGUUUACUGCCAUCAUCCAGCUGUCAUACUUCAACUUCUGUGUUACAGAUGUGUUUAUUAUUACAGGCUUUCUAUAUGCAUGUUUUCUGUGUGUCUUUCUGUUCUCUGUGGAAUUGAGCGUUUGCUUUUGUUUCUUUUAUGUGCCAAAUCUUUGUGUUACCUCAAAAACGAACCAGUUAAUUGCUGAGGGCCAGGCCUUGGGAUGCUCUGACCUGAGCACAUAAUGUCUCUGCUGCAAAAAAAAAGUGGGGAAAAAUAAGAAGUGCUCUUUGGCUUCAGACAAACUAUGCAACAUAGCGCACCAGAGAGCGGGAUUCCUUAUGGUACAGAAGAAGCACGGCUCUUGUGUCCUUCCUAAUCCAGUCCUUGGUCCAAGGUUAGAAGAACUUGUACUAAAUGGCUGCCCAAUAAUCUUUUGUCGCAAUCAACUUUUGUUCCCUGGUUUUCCCCCUUCUCCCCUGCCUCCUUCUGUCCGGUUUGUUGGAUGUUCUGAGUCUGAAUGAUGUAGUGUUGUAUUGUACCCCUCUGUCAGUCUCGUGUUGUUGCCAGUUGGAACUUGUCUUGUAAAUCCACCAGUGCAGCUUACCCACUGGGUCAGUCGGGGCCACUUCACAAUGUUUGCAUCUCCAUUGUGCUGGAAUUUUUGGUGUGCUGCACCCCUCCAGGUGGGACUGACUUGCUCGUGUCCCCAUGUUGUUCUGUUGUGGCUCUGGUGCUUAUAGUGACAAACACCUGUCAUGUCUCAAAUCCAAUUUGUUUUCAUUUCCACCACUUUUGCAUGUGUACAUGCAUUUGAUUUUGCUGCUUCCAUCACCAUUCAGGGAUAAAUGCCCAUGUGGUCAGGACUGUUAUGAAAGAUUCUUUGUUCUCCCAUUGCAUCCGUUCUCCAGUGAAGACUGUUCCCCUUCUUGCCCCUGUUAAAUCAAUACACUGUUCCCCGGUUCUGUGUUGCUCUUCUCUCUCGGUUCAUCGUGUCUUCUCACCUUUAAAUACCUUCUUUUGAGUAGUUUGCUUACCCUUGUCAUUUACUCACCCCAUGGUGUACCUCGUACCGUUUCUCCUUCCUAACUCCACUUACUGUUUUGUCUUUCUUUAAUUCAGGUUAACCUUUAUUUAUUUCCCUGAUUUCCUGUGCAUAACUUGGGAGAGAAACAGCAAAUCUCUCUUCAGACAUCUGUGUAUAUUCCCUCCCCGGCACAUACGGUGCGAGGGGUCCAGACUUCUCCAUCCCUAACCCCAGGCUCUUCAUAGCACUAGGAAGUACCAAGUCUGAAGGUGGUGUUUUGUUUCUUGGGGUAACUGAGAAUAUGUGGAGAUUUUCUUCUUUGGAAGUAGCCACUGCAAUGAGCAGUUGGUCCGCGAGAAGUCUGUUAUGCUUCCAUACUCAGUAUUCUUAAUUGAGAAACAAAUUAUUUAUUUUGGGGAAAAAUGUAAACUUUUUUGUAUUUGUAUGUCAAAGUGGCCUUUAUAGGAAAAGCACAUAAAAUAUUUAGAUUAAAAUUGCUUAGUUGUGUAAUUUUAGUGGGGAUUUUUAUAUUGACAGGGUUUCUAUGCAUUUUUCAAAAUCUACUUGCUGUUCUGUGUUAAAAUUAUUGGAAAUAUUUCUAAAAUGUGUAUUACCACACUUUCCAUGGUUGAUCCCUUCGCAACCAUUCCUUUUGAAUACUGCAAAAAUUUUAAUUAACCCUGUAAAUUAAUUUUUGCCCCGUAACUAUUUGCAUUAAGUCAGUGUAAGGAGUUACAGAAUGAGUAUGUAGCUGUAAGAGAAUAAUCCUAGUAAUGUAGCUUAAUUAUGGAGAGACUUUCUGGAGAAGGGCAGUACGCAGUGUUUCAAUUGCACUUAAAAGACCAAGUUAGCAAAUCAAGUUCUUGCUGUACCUCACUCAUCCUUUUUUUUAUUAUUUUUUCCAUCCUAUAGUGUUUACACAAGCAUUACUAAAUAUGUGUUAUUCUAUGCAGUAUGCAAUUCUCCUUCGUUUUGUUGGGAUAAAACUAAUGUUAGUAGAUAGGAGAAAGUUCUGAAUGUGUGUGGAAUCCUAAUGGAUAUGGUGUGAGCUUGGUGGGGGAGGGAGGAGACAAAAAUUAGAUCCAUUAGUAUGUUUCUUCCAUUUAAUCGCAUACACAUUUUCACUGAAACUAAAUUAAUUAAAAUUGCAAUGGAACUGUAAGUAAUAUUAGUGUUUUAAGGUGGGGGGAGGGCAGGGGAUAAACGAGGGGCUUGCCGGACUGUGGGCAAAAAUACCUGUUGAGUUGCACUAUGGCAUUUGUGCAAUUGCCUUGGCUGCCUAUGCAAAUCUAGCCUGAGUUGGAUACAUCAGACCCUCCCGUUAGUGCUCUGAUUUUUACUUUCUUUUCUCGAGGUGUGAUUGUAAGGCUUGCUAAGUAGAAACUUCCCGGGAAUGUUUGUCAUCCGACGACUCCAUUCUGUCAUUCUCGGUACACAUUUUGAUUUUUUUGCUCAUUUCAGUUUAAUAAGAGAUCCCACACUGCUCAUAGAGGAGCAUAAGUGCAAGCUUCUGGGCGUAGUUGCAAACAAACAUUACAUGCUACUGUAUGUUUUCAUAAUUGAAAAAAAAAAUGUGCAAUUUUAAUGGCACUUUGACCUAUUGCUGAAACAGUGGGUCUUGCAAUGGAACAAACUCAGCAAUUGAAAACACUCUGUAUCUAUAUUAGAUGUCAUGAAAAUGAAGAAAAAGGCAAUUCCUCAAAUUGUACCCACAGAUAAUUUGGUAUUGAUUUUAUUUGUCAAGAGAUUUAUGAUUUGUUCUUAGAAAAAGUAUGUAUUCAUUGGUUUACUUUAGUUGCUAUAAAUUGCCCAGUGGAGAGUCUGGUCCACCUCCGCCCAUUUAUUUUCAUGGAGUGGUCGCACAUAAAGCUGUAACAGCGAAGCAGAGAACUGUUUGGUUACGCACCCGUAACACGGCUUGCAGAAUUGCUUUGUGGCUCAAACAUCUACAAAAAGGGACGUGAGAAUUUUCCUGGAUUAAGUAGCACUCGCUUUGUUUACGUGUUCGGUAUAAUGUUGGGAGACUAAAGGGAGGUUCCCUUUUUAAAGUGUUUGAAUUGUGCUUCGGAGACUUAGUGGCCACUGUGCAAAUUGUGCUGUAAUAUUGUACCAAGGAUCAGUGAAAGUGUUUUAUCUUUUUUAAUGUCGUUUGUAUUUGACCGGGUUUUAUAAAUGUAAGAAAACAGAGUGUUGUAUUUUGAUCUGAAAUUUGCGUAUGGUAAAGUAACUUUGCUUUAUGUAUUGGAGGUUUGUCCAGAACUUGAAUUAUUUUAUAGAAGGGUACAGACCAAAAUUAAUUGUCUUAAAGGUGUUUAAUAAACUAACCAAAUAAAACAUGGAUGGUUUGAAAACUUGU